GCCCCGGCCCAGGGCCAGCCCCCGGAUUAGGGAGCAUCCACACUUCUCCUCCCGUCGGUCAUGCUCGCAUUCGGCCUUUUGUACGGGGUCAGCUCAUUGGGCGGAUGACAAGGUGUCCCCGCCUACCGCCCCGAACUGGCCAAUUGCAAGGGGUUUCACAGGGCGCUGAACUCGCGGGAGCGUCACCGUCCUGCGUCGCUUCAGAGGAUCCUUAGGCCUCAGUGGUCUUUGGCCCCCGGCCCCAGGACCUGACCCCAAGGAAACCUCUGGGACCUGUGGCUGGAGAGGUGACCGCCAGACAUCCGGGGAGCCUUUGGAGAUCUCGGCUUCCUUUUUCCCCCGCUGCUUGCCGGCGUGUCCUCGGAUGGACGCGGGCACCCCGAAGGGGAGUUUACAGACGCUCCCUCACCUCGGGGACGCGGCUCCUUUAAGGGCGGACUUUGAACAUGUCGGGGAUCGCCCUCAGCAGACUUGCCCAGGAGAGGAAAGCGUGGAGGAAAGACCACCCAUUUGGUUUCGUGGCCGUCCCAACAAAAAAUCCCGAUGGCACGAUGAACCUCAUGAACUGGGAGUGCGCCAUUCCAGGAAAGAAAGGGACUCCGUGGGAAGGAGGCUUGUUUAAACUACGGAUGCUUUUCAAAGAUGAUUAUCCGUCUUCGCCACCAAAAUGUAAAUUCGAACCACCAUUAUUUCACCCGAAUGUGUACCCUUCGGGGACAGUGUGCCUGUCCAUCUUAGAGGAGGACAAGGACUGGAGGCCAGCCAUCACAAUCAAACAGAUCCUAUUAGGAAUACAGGAACUUCUAAAUGAACCAAAUAUCCAAGACCCAGCUCAAGCAGAGGCCUACACAAUUUACUGCCAAAACAGAGUGGAGUACGAGAAAAGGGUCCGAGCACAAGCCAAGAAGUUUGCGCCCUCAUAAGCAGCGACCUUGUGGCAUCGUCAAAAGGAAGGGAUUGGUUUGGCAAGAACUUGUUUACAACAUUUUUGCAAAUCUAAAGUUGCUCCAUACAAUGACUAGUCACCUGGGGGGGUUGGGCGGGCGCCAUCUUCCAUUGCCGCCGCAGGUGUGCGGUCUCGAUUCACUGAAUUGCCCGUUUCCAUACAGGGUCUCUUCCUUCGGUCUUUUGUAUUUUUGAUUGUUAUGUAAAACUCGCUUUUAUUUUAAUAUUGAUGUCAGUAUUUCAACUGCUGUAAAAUUAUAAACUUUUAUACUUGGGUAAGUCCCCCAGGGGCGAGUUCCUCGCUCUGGGAUGCAGGCAUGCUUCUCACCGUGCAGAGCUGCACUUAGCCUCAGCUGGCUGUAUGGAAAUGCACCCUCCCUCCUGCCGCUCCUCUCUAGAACCUUCUAGAACCUGGGCUGUGCUGCUUUUGAGCCUCAGACCCCAGGGCAGCAUCUCGGUUCUGCGCCACUUCCUUUGUGUUUAUAUGGCGUUUUGUCUGUGUUGCUGUUUAGAGUAAAUAAACUGUUUAUAUAAA